AUGUUACGUGGAACAGAAGCUGAAAAAUACAGAGUUGGAGGCGACUUGGGUUGGACUAUGACUAUCCCUCCCGGCGGCGCUGCUACUUAUGCUUCAUGGGCUUCAAAGCACACCUUUAAAGUUGACAAGGAUACUCUAGUGUUUGACUUUAAAGCAGGAGAAAAUGACUUGACUGAAUUUCGACACCUGCAACACCAAGGAUCCGUUAAAUCAAUUCAAGAGUCCAGCUUCGCCAGACACUGCGCCAAGGGGCAAAAGGUAGCCAUUCAUUUUGCACCCUGUUUAACCCGGGGACCUAGUGCAGCUCUAAGUCCAAGUCCAAGUCCAAGUGCAUCUGAUGAAGCUGGGGCAACCGAGCAGCUCAAAAUAAGGAUGAUGGCAUGA